CUCCAUAUCAUUGUCUAGUGCUUGCGACCCGGUGAAAUCUCAUCUAUAAACAGCAUCUAACACGCCAUUAAUUUCCCCCUUUCGAGAUACCCUCUUUUCAUUUUCCCGGGUGUACCUUUCUUUCGUUUUUGUUUUUUUUCCCUCUUUUUUUCCUUUUUUAAUUUUUUUUUUCUUUUCACUUGGAUCCCCUAUUUUCUUCUCUCGACAAACCCUAAUUCUCGAAACAUCUUCUCGAUCAUCGUGUUUUCUCCAUCGGAUUUCCGAUCGGAAAUGCAGAAUCAGAGAUUGAAGCAGCAGGCUAUGCUCCAGCAACAGUCGCUUUACCACCCCGGUCUCUUAGCAGCUCCACAGUUCUCAGCGAUUGGAGUGGAGAUUAGAUUUUGGUUGGUUAGUUGUGGAUUGGAUAUUCUGAUUAUAAGAUUGAGCCUUUUCCAAGUGGAAAUCUUCCUCCUGGAUUUGAUCCAAAUACAUGCCGCAGUGUUUCUCCGCUGGCCGAUGUCUCAUAUUUGUGGUCUUGAUGUCUUUUUACCUGUGUUAUCAUAUUGUAAUAUCUCGAGUAGGUAUGUGGGAAAUAUUCACAUUCAGAUGACUGAGCCACUGCUUCAAGAAGUUUUUACCAGUACUGGUCCUGUGGAGGCCUGUAAGCUUAUAAGGAAAGAGAAGUCGUCCUAUGGAUUUAUUCAUUACUUUGACCGCAGAUCAGCUGCACUCGCGAUAUUGACCCUCAAUGGAAGACAUCUGUUUGGCCAACCAAUCAAAGUUAACUGGGCUUAUGCCAGUGGUCAUAGGGUGGACACAUCAGGUCACUUUAACAUCUUUGUUGGAGAUCUCAGCCCAGAGGUUACUGAUGCCAUAUUGUUUGCUUGCUUCUCAGUGUAUUCUAGUUGCUCUGAUGCGAGGGUUAUGUGGGAUCAAAAGACUGGACGAUCUAGGGGGUUUGGAUUUGUGUCUUUCCGGAACCAGCAGGACGCUCAAAGUGCAAUAAAUGAUUUAAACGGGAAAUGGCUUGGCAGCCGACCGAUUCGGUGCAACUGGGCCGCCAAAGGUGCUGGAUCCAGUGAUGAAAAGGCCAAUACAGAUUCUAAAAGUGGCGUAGAACUUACAAAUGGCUCCUCGGAUGAUGUUAAAGAGGCAGCUGGUAUUGAUGCUCCUGAUAAUAACCCUCAAUUCACCACCGUGUAUGUGACCCAGGCUGACCUUCAUCGCCAUUUCCAUGCAUUUGGUGCUGGAUCAAUUGAGGAAGUUAGAGUUCAACGUGACAAAGGGUUUGGUUUCGUGAGGUAUAGCACUCAUGCAGAGGCUGCUAUGGCUAUUUCAAUGGGAAAUACUCAGUCGUACCUUUAUGGCAAACCAAUCAAGUGUUUGUGGGGAAACAAGCCAACUCCACCUGGGACGACCUCGAACCCGCUCCCCCCACCGGCACCGGCUCCGGCGACUUUACCGGGGAUUUCGGCCGCCGGCCUUUUGGCUUACGAGCGGCAAGUUGCGAUGAGCAAGAUGGGUGGGGCCCACCACCACCACCUUAUGCACCCACAUGGACAACAUGCUCUGAAGCAGGCAUCCAUGGGGGUUUACGAUGGAGAUCAAAUUUCUGCUCAAGAGUUCUUCCAAGUUAUGGGGAUCUCGUUUAAGGUUUCCAAAUCCGGCAAGCGGUUCCACCCGAGACCGCCGCCGCCCGGCGCCGUCCCAUCUCCGGUCGAAGGCGAGAAACCGGAAGAAAUCGUAGCUGUGACCUCGAAGAAAAGCGAUAACAUCUCGGUUUCUGCACGUAGCUUGGCGGGAGAGGCUAGUGAUAGCAAGGGGAUUGCUGAAAUCAAUGGUGAGAAAUUCCUCCUGGAACAAAAUGAAGUCUCUUUCUGCCUCAACCUUUUUCCUGAUGGAUAUUCAAUAUCAAAGCCGAUGGAGAGUGGAUGUGGGCGUGAAACAUCUGGGGAUGCACCAAAGUUUCUACAUCCUUAUGACAGAGCAUCCGAGACUAUGUUUUCGGCAAUCGAGUCUGGGCGGUUACCUGGAGACAUUCUGGAUGAUAUACCAUGCAAAUACGUCAACGGGACAGUUGUCUGCGAGGUUCGAGAUUACCGUGAGUCCUCGUCUGAAGGACUUAAUGUGGCUUCGGGGAAUAGAUCACCUGUUGUUACCAGAGUUCGUCUAAGAAUGUCUCUGGAAAACAUAGUGAAGGAUAUCCCAGCUAUUUCAGAAAGUGAUUGGACGUAUGGUGAUCUGAUGGAAGUGGAAUCCAGGAUCUUAAAGGCCCUGCAACCUCAACUUAGUCUAGAUCCUACUCCACAUCUGGACAAACUAUCUGCCUUCCCAGAUGAUUCCGCAGUUAGGCUGAACUCAGGCAUGAGAAGGAAAAGACUUAUGCAGAUUCCAGAUAUUGCUGUAACAUCAAAUAAUCUACACGGGAAAAAGUUAUGUCUAGAGAGAGCCCCAGAGACACAGCAAACCGCGUAUGAGAACUCGAACAUCCAAAAUCCAAACACCAUGCUUCCAGGAAGGAACAACAGCUUUGGACCUGACGGCUCCCUCUUAACACCACCUGCUGUAACCCACCCGUCAAAAUACCCAAGCGGGCUUUCCAGCCCCCGAAUGAUGAAGGACCAGCGAUUAUCUUCCCCUGGCGGACAAGAUGCGAUGAUACCAUUCUCCGAUAACUCUGCCUCUUCAAUUCACGGAAAGAGAGAGAAUCAAGACGGCCAAUCAUCUCCUCUCAUGAACAAGAAGGCGCGGCCUGAUGGGAAUCUACAACACGUGGGACCACAAAUGGACGGCUUGCACGGAUCCGAGUCGCAAUGGAAGAACACAUUAAUGCAACAGCAGUCGAUUGGGAGAGGAAUUCAUCAGUACCCAAACAGCAGCAUGCAGAAAUUCUCUCAGCAGGCGUUUGAAGGAGGCAUGAAUCAGGAAGCGGGGCCCACACAGUUCAAUAUCGGGCAGCAGCAGGGAAUCAGAUACAACUUGAAAGAAGAACCGGUCGAGACGGAGAGAUUGGACAGACAGGAUUCGGAUUUGACAGGUAUGGACCCACGGCUGCAACAUAGGAUGCCAGCUCAGUUCAUGAGAUCGGGUUUUGCUCAGGGCCAGUGGAACAAUUUGGGCCAGGCCCUUGAUAUUAGUAAUAGUCCAAGGAAGGAGGACUCGUACCAGAAGAGGAAAUUUGUUCAGAGUCCCCACGUUUCGGCUGGAGGCUUGCCUCAGUCUCCGCUUUCAUCGAGAUCUGGGGAAUUUUCCAGCGGUUCGCAUCAAUUUGGAGCCGUUGUGAAUAGCGGACACGUUCAGAAGGAAAAAUCUGUGGUCAGUGGUAAUGAUCCCUUGCAGCGGCAGAACCAGGUGCAGGCAGUGGCUAAACGGAGAUCUAAUUCUCUUCCGAAAACGCCUGCUGGGGUUGGUUCUCCAGCUAGUGUGAGCACUAUGAGUGUACCCAUUAUCACAAGCAGCCCUUCUCUUGGGUCUCAGGCAUUGGGUGAUCAUCAAUCCAUGCUUGAGAGGUUCUCGAAGAUAGAAAUGGUGACAAUGAGGUGUCAGCUUAACUGCAAAAAGAACAAGGUUGACGAGUAUCCCAUGAGGAGGAAGCCCAAUGUGUAUUCUGCUCAGGAUCUGAUGACCCAUCUCUCGAGUGAUGUAAACAAUGAGAUUUUGAAGGAUGAGACAUAUAAGUUGUCCAAGUCACUGGUUGCUGGCAGCAUGAACUCUUGCAAGACCAGGAUCUUGAACUUUGUCCAGACGGAGCGUCUAAUCCAAGGUAAUAGCUUCCAGUUAGUGACAAAGGCAAGAACGAGGAUGAUCAUGUCAGAGAAACCAAAUGAUGGUAAUGUGGCAUUUCAUAUUGGAGAAAUAGAGGAGACUGAAUACUUGGCUGCAGAGGAAUACCUUCCAACACUGCCGAAUGCUCACAUUGCCGACCUAGUCGCAGCACAGUUCAGCUCAUUGAUGGCACGCGAUGGGUAUGAUGUGGAGGAUCAUCUCCAACCGAAAGCUGCCCGUAUAAACCCUGCCACCCCCUCUUCCGAGACUCAGCAGUUCUCUGAAGGCGGCGGUGGGCCCGCUCAGCCGCAGCCCAACGAAGCCGCCAGGCCCGGCGGCCCAACUGGCAAUCCACUGCUAAACUCGCCGCACAACGUGCAAACUCAGAGGAUGCUACCCCAAGGAAAUAACAACAAUCAAGCGAUCCAACUGUCUCAAGGACUGAUGCAGGGAGUCUCGAAUAUGCCUUCUCGACCGAUUCAAGGUCCCGAGCAGCAGCAGCAGCAGAUGCCAGCUCAGCAGUCCCAAUUUCAAAGAUCCCCCAUGAAUAUGCUCCCGUCCAGCUCGAUGGCGAGCAUGCAUCAGCUUGCCGGGGGCCCACUCAUGGGGGGAAACAACAAGCAGCACUCGUCCCUCCAACUCCAGCUCUUGCAACAGCAGCAGCAGAGGAAAAUGAUGGCUACUGGCCUGGGGAAUGUCGGCAUGGGCAAUAUCGGAAAUAGUAAUAAUAUUAACAGUACUAACAAUAUGGUCGGGCUCGGAGGUUUAGGUGGCUUGAUCGGUGGCUCGAGAGGGGCCAUGGGCAGCGGGAGUCGUGUCCCGUCAGGCAUUGGUAAUGUGAACCUGAGCUCGGCUGCAAACAUCACAAACGCCAUCAGAAACGGGACCCUUACGCCAGAGCAGGCCACGCUGAUGAAGCUGAGGCUGCAGCAGAAUCGAGCUGGCAUGGGCAUGGGUAUGGGUAUGGGCAUGAACAUGAACAUGAAUAUGAACAUGAACAUGAACACGAAUGUGGGCCUGAACAUGCUUGGUGGAUCUCAAUCGGGCCUUGCUGGAGGAGGGGCCCGGCAGAUGCACUCGAUAGGUUCAUCGGGCCUGUCCAUGUUGGGGCCCGCACUGGCCCGGGCUGGGAUUGGUCAGAUGCAGCAGCAGCGGACGCCGAUGGGCCAGAUGGGCCCGCCGAAGCUUGUGCCGGCGGGAGUCAACCCUUACAUGAACCAACAGCAGCAGCAAAUGUAUUUACAACAACAAAUGCAAUUACAACAGCAACAGCAACAGCAACAACAGCAGCAACAACAAAUGCAACAACAACAGCAAGAAACGAACUCUCCACUGCAAGCAGUUGUUUCGCCUCAGCAGGUGGGCUCACCAUCGGGCCAUCAGAUGGGCCAGCAGCAACAGCAGGCGGCAAGCCCGCAGCAGAGGACACCGAUGAGCCCACAGCUGAGCUCUGGUGCCAAUGCCAUGCACCAGAUGGUGGGGCCCAACACCGAGGUUGGCCCUGGCCCAGCAAGCCCGCAGCUGAGUUCGCAGACUAUGGGCUCGGUUGGUAGCAUUGCAAACUCCCCGAUGGACAUGCCGGGCGUGAAUAAAAGCAACUCUUAGUGAUUUGUUGGAAAGUUGGGUUUGCGUAAAAAUACUACUUGAAAGACCGUUGAGGGCCUGGUAGGAUGAUCAUUGGAGGAAGUAGGGAAUUUUCCUUUGUCUAGGUUCCAACUUUAUGAUUGUAAUGUAAUACACAAGCGUUAUAAUUUAGCUGCUUAAUGACUCUAGUUAGUGAAAGUAAUCAAAGCAACUCCACCUAUUGUUAUAUUUUCAUCAUUUGAGCUGUGUAUUAAGUUUGAUGCAUUUGAUGCAGUUGAGUUUGUUUUGCUUAUCUAUUUUUGUUAACUAA